UGACCGCGUUACGGUGCCAUCGUUUACACGCAUUUCCCGCAUUCAGACAUCAUGAGUACGAGAUCGAAAAAAUCGUCCACGCCAUCGGUGCAGUUGCCCCCGCGGCCAUCGAGCCCCUUGAGCCCGACCCGCCACUCCAGGUUGCAGGAAAAAGCUGAUUUGCAAAACCUCAAUGACCGUCUGGCUUGCUACAUCGAAAAAGUCAGGUACUUGGAGGCCGAAAACAAUCGACUAACCCGAGAAGUCCACUCGUCGCAGGAGACAAUCACCAGAGAGACGAGCAACCUGAAAUCGAUGUAUGACCAUGAGUUGAACGAUGCUCGAAAACUGUUGGACGAAACUCAUCGGGAAAAAGCCCGAUUGGAAAUUGACGUGAAACGUCUUUUGGAGGAGAAUGAUGAACUCAAGGCGGAUCUGUCGAAGCGCACCAAGGACUUGGCGCUGGCGGAGAAUUCGGCCCGAAUCUACGAGACCAGAAGCAACGAGCUGCAGCUGAAGUUCAGCCAGGCCAAUGCCGAUGCCAAGAAGGCGAUCGGCGACCUCAAAGACAUGGAGAAGGAGCGGGACAAGCUGAAGAAGCUGUUGGACGAGCACCGCAAGCAGCUGGAGGAGGAGAGUUUGGCCAGAGUGGAAGUGGAGAACUCCAACCAGAGCUUGCGGGAGGAGCUCUCAUUCAAAGACCAGGUGUUCCAGCAGCAGCUAACAGAGACCCGCAGUCGGCGCCAAAUCGAAAUUAGCGAGAUUGAUGGGCAAUUGGCCGAACAAUAUGAGGCCAAGCUGCAGCAGGCCCUGCAAGAUCUGCGCGACCAAUACGAGGGCCAGAUGGCCAACAAUCGGCAGGAAAUUGAGCUGCUCUACGAAAACAAGAUUAAGAAUCUCCAAUCAGCCGCCAGCAGGCACUCGCAAGCCGCCAACAAUGCCAUUGAAGAAGCGCGUCAAACGCGCACCCGAAUUGACUCUUUGAGCAACCGAGUCAGUCAGCUUGAAAACGAAAACAGCGGCCUGGUUGGACGGGCCAGAGACCUGGAGAAACUUCUGGAGCACGAGCGCUUGAAGCAUGCCGAAGAGCUGGCGAUCAUCGAGGCCGACCUGCACAGGCUGCGCGAGGAAAUGUCCAAUCAGCUGCAAGAAUACCAAGACCUGAUGGACAUCAAAGUGUCUCUCGAUCUGGAAAUUGCUGCCUAUAGGAAGCUGCUGGAGUCGGAGGAAGCCAGGCUGAAGAUCAGUCCUGGAAAUGAACGUGAAGUGUCCCAUAGCAGCAGUACCCGCAGCUCUGCGCAGCGCCACACCCCGAUCCGCGCAGGAACCAAGCGCAAGCGCACCAUGAUGGAGGAGAGCCACGAAUCGAGCGUGUCCGACUACAGCGUCUCGGGCACCUCAAAGGGAGAGAUUGAGAUCGUGGACGCCGACCCAGAAGGAAAAUACGUGAAAUUGCACAACAAAAGCCAGCAGGAAGUGUCCCUAGGUGGUUGGAUUAUUCUGCGCAAGGCAGGCGGCGAAGAGUCGAAAUUCAAGUUCAACCGCUCGUUGAAGAUUGAAGCCAAAGGCUUCGUAACGAUUUGGUCUUCGGAUCUGAACAAAGAGCACGAACCGCCCCAUGAAUUGGUCAUGAAAGGGCAAAAAUGGGUGGUGGCCGACAACAUGACCACCACUUUGAUCAACCUGAACGGCGAAGAAGUUGCGGUGUCCGAAAGGGUGAAACGGCAAGUGUCCAGCUCACAUUUGCGACAUCGCGAGGCCGCGGGGUAUCUCGGCUCUGAAGAGCUCCAUCACCAAAGCGGGGACCCUCAAGCAGACGAUGACCAAAAAUGUCGACUGAUGUGAACCACCCUAUAAACUAAGUUUACUGUCGUUAGAAGUUUUAAUGCAAAAAGUCGCCUGUGUACUUAUUUCACAUUUAUUACAGUUUCAUUUUGCUAUCAAAUUAGUGAUGGAUAAAACUAGCACUUUUUGCAUUAAAAUCCCACUGGACGGACACGGGGGGAAGCUAAUUUAAGUCCAGAACGGUUUGUGCCGAGUAUUAUCAAACAAAGCUGGUCUUCAGCAUUUUUUGGUGCGUUGUUGGGGCGAGGUUUCAUACGCGCUGGUACCCAUUUGGGUAAAAAAGCGCAUAUUAACCCUUGAACAGUAGGCGGAUCAUAAACUAAAGCUGCGAAAGCGUUCUUGAAACAUUCCAAAUCUCCCUUAUUGGAAUGUUUAAAGAAGCCACACUUUUUCAUACACGCAAUUUUUAUUUUUUCUACUGUCUAAGUCUGCAGGUUUUUCAUUUUUCGCAAAACCUGCCAAAAAUAUAUGGAGACUAUAUAUAUAUUUUUAUUUUCUAUAAGUAUUGCGACUAGGCGAUUGUAGUUUAGAUUGAUCACGCAAUUUUGGCACUAAAGAUUCGCCUUUAGAACUUUUUUCAGCGGAUCCUCCACUAAGUUAGUUUAUAAAUGUUUUGUAUUUCAUCUUGUGUUCAAAUAAAUGUACUGUACACUUAUGUUAGGUUUUUAAUUUUGUACGUGCCUUACAUCGGCAGUAUAGCGAGGGUUAUUAUUCCACAUAACACUGUGUCUUAAGGUAGGGCUUGUAGUGGUUGGAGUGGUUCACUAAACAAUAAAUUAACCGUAGAAUAACUGUUUCCUACCUACUGUGUACCUCUCAUGCUAUAUGUUUUACAUAUUAUAACAAGGAUGAAUAAAUCAUACUUAUAUUUUCAACGA